AUGUUUUGGAGUGGCGGGAAGGACUCAUUCUUGGCGCUGGGUGCCUUGUACGAGUCUUACGCUGUUGAACAGAAGCCUAUGCCUCGCGUUGUGCUGCUUACAACGAUCGACCCGAAGACAAACGUCGUCCCUAUCCAGGACAUCCCCUCUCAGACUAUUGCAGCUCAAGCCGAAGCUCUGGAACUUCCUUUGUGCCUAGUAGCUGUGGGACUGGGAGACGAGUACACGGCUGCACUGAGGAACGCACUCCGCGAUAUUCCGGAGCAAAUGAAGCGAACGAAGAAGUCCAGCAAGAGCCCCGAGCAGAACGGUACGACUCCGAGCGUUUCUGCCCUUGUAUUUGGCGACCUUCACCUGGACGAUAUCUCGAUCCAGCAGAGCACGCCUACAGUCAAGAAAACAGUACUUCAGUAUUAG